AUGUUGAGAAUGGACGACUUGAAUCCAGCACCAACAAUCACGCGAGGCUUAUCCCAUUCUAUUGACAUUUACGACCCAAACCGGCCGAAGCUUCCUAUACGACAGAGACUUCAACACUUCACAUGGGCUUGGUAUACGUUGCCCAUGAGCACAGGCGGUCUCUCUUUGCUCAUAUUUGCACAACCACAUCAAUUUAACGGCGAGAAGACUGCUGGCUUGGUUGUUUACAUCAUAAACAUCAUCAUAUUUUCCCUCAUAACAAUGACUAUGACUGCUCGCUUCUUCCUACAUACUGGCGAAUUGGUUCGGUCCUUGACCCACCCUAGAGAAGGCUUCUUCUUUCCAACCUUCUUUCUCUCCAUUGCCACAAUCAUCACGAGUACCCAACGAUACGCUAUACCAGAUGAUCACGCCAUAUUGGCAUGGGCCAUACAAGCUGCUUUUUGGAUAUACGUCGCCUUGACAUCAGUGCUGGCCAUCGGCCAAUAUAGCUACGUCUUUGCAGUUCAUAGCCUCAACCUGCAGAACUUUAUGCCGACCUUGAUCUUACCAAUUUUUCCCAUCAUGCUCUCGGGAACAAUCGCGUCUGUCAUCGCAUCAACACAACCUGAAAUCGCUGCCAUGCCUAUUCUAAUCGCUGGACUUACAUGUCAAGGCCUUGGAAUGUCGGUUGCCAUACUGAUGUAUGCGCAUAUGAUUGGACGAUUGAUCCAAUCUGGCCUACCAAAUAGAGAGCAUCGACCUGGCCUUUUCAUGUGCGUUGGUCCACCAUCUUUUACAGCCUUGGCCUUGAUCGGCAUGGCAAAUGGUGUGCCCGACAGCGUUGAGGAGCUGGCCAUUGAUAGGAGUAUCAUCAAGGUGGUGGCUGUUUUAGUAGCAGUGUCUCUCUGGGCUCUCAGCUUUUGGUGGUUCGGCAUCGCCGCCGUCGCUGUUAUUUCGUCGCCACCCAAAUACUUUCACCUUGGUUGGUGGGCCAUGGUGUUUCCCAACACCGGCUUCACGCUGGCGACAAUCUCCAUUGCCAAGGAACUGAUAAGCCCUAGUUUGCAGUGGGUCACCACGGGAAUGAGUAUCUGCAUGCUCAUCAUGUUUAUCUUUGUCUUUUAUAAUCAUGUCCGGGCCGUUGUUGUUCAAGAUAUCAUGUAUCCGGGAAGAGACGAGAAUGUAGAGGACCAUUGA